UCAAGAUUGAUGAAGAGUACGAGAUCAUUGUAACCAAUUUUGCAGGGUUGUACCGGUAUAGGCUAGGAGACAUGGUCAAGGUUAAAGGAUUCCACAACUCGACCCCGGAGCUCCAAUAUAUUUGCCGGAGAAAUCUCCUACUUACGAUCAACAUCGAUAAGAACACAGAGAAAGAUUUGCAGCUGGCUGUAGAAGCAGCAGCCACUCUGCUAGAAAAGGAAAAACUCGAAGUAAUCGAUUUUACGAGUGGCAUCGACUCAUCGACCGAACCUGCACAUUAUGUUAUAUACUGGGAAUUAAGCAGCGAAGCGAGCAAUGAACUUCUUAAGGAAUGCUGCAACCGUUUAGACAGAUCAUUUCCUGAUGCAGGAUAUAUCGGUUCAAGAAAAGUAAAAACCAUUGGAGCACUUGAACUCAGAAUAUUGAAGAAUGGUACUUUUCAUAAGAUUUUGGAUCAUUUUGUGGAAUUAGGAGCUGCUGUUAGCCAAUUCAAAACACCUCGUUGCGUGGGGACAAAAAACCAGACAGUGUUGCAAAUUCUGCGCAAUAAUGUUAUCAAGAACUACUUUAGUUCUGCUUUUAGGAGUGUUUAAGUUUGUGAAAGUUGAUGUAAUAUGACUUGUAAUAAUUCAGCUGUCCUAGAUUUGACAGCAGUACGAGUCUGUACUUCCAAUACAUAAUUAUAGUUCUAGUUAUUGAUCUUAUUUUGUUUU